AUGUCUGAUAAAGGAUUUUGGAUUAAAGUCAAUAAGGGUGCCUAGCUUCCCAAAGAACCCGUCUUAGCAGAGGGCUACUUCUCUAAAAAAGGAAAUUAUAUGAGUGGCAAGCGCUAUUUCAAGCUAUAUGAUAACUUCAUUUACUAUUUCGAUGAAAAAAACUCUGAUCAUCCCAAAGGUUAUAUUAAAAUUGAUUUCGACUUGCACUUUGAAGUAAUUCGUCAAAAGACUGACAAAAAGGAUAAUUCUCCUAGCUCAAUUAUUGGAUAGCCCAAGGGUUUGAGAUUAGAUAAACUCAAUGCUAAAACCGAAAUAACUACUAAUGAUGAGGCCCUUAUCCUCAAGUGGAGAGACAUAUUAAGAAAUAAAAUCAACUAAAGAGGUUUCCACGAGCUCUUUAAAGCACAUAAGAAAAUUGGCAAAGGAAAUUUCGCAAGUGUCUACUUAACAGAAAGACUUGAAGACAGCAAGCAAUUUGCAGUAAAGGCUUUCUCCAAAGAAGCAGCAUACAACUAAGAAAAUGGCAAGGAAGCAUUGAUUAAUGAAAUUGAAUUGAUGAGAGCUUUGAAUCACAAAAAUAUCAUUCGUUUGCAUGAAGUUUUUGAAACUGAAAAUUCUUUAUACAUGAUCCUCGACCUCUUGGAAGGAGGUUAGCUUUAUGACAAAAUAAAAGCAAAAUACAAAUUUACAGUAGAAGAAUCAAAAUAUAUUAUGAAAGGUCUUCUUGAAGGUAUUGCUGAAAUGCAUGCAAAGAACAUUAUGCAUAGAGAUUUGAAACCCGAAAACCUUAUCUUUAAAACUGCAGAUUCCUUAGACUUAGCUAUUGUAGACUUGGGUCUUGCCACAAGAGCAGAUAUUGAAGAAUUCAUGUUUGUCAGAUGCGGUACUCCUGGUUUUGUUGCCCCUGAAGUUAUAAACAUCAAAGAUCUCAAGACUAAAUAUGAUGUUAUUUGUGAUAUUUUCUCUCUAGGUUUAAUUUUCCACAUCCUUUUAUUGGGUAGAACCCCUUUCAAUGGAAAGAACUACAAUGAAAUAUUGGCACAAAAUAGAGCUUCAAAUAUUAGUUUCGAAGGAACUGAAUACCUCAAGUUACCUCUCCCAGCUUAUGAUUUAUUGAAGAAAAUGUUAGACAAUGACCCAAAGACAAGAAUUACUGCCAAAAAAGCUUUACAACAUCAAUUCUUUACCUAAAAGAAAGGUGAAUAAAUGGAAAUUGAAAGCCCUCAAUUAACCGAAGCCCAAAAGAUGAAAUAACUCUAAGAAGAACACAGAUAAAGAUUGGGUUCAACUAACAAGGACUCUCCCAUGCCUUCUCCUCAAAUUAUGCCCACAAGAGCCAUGAAAAACAUGCAAGAUGACCACGGUUCUUUCAAAAUGCCCAACACUCCCGUUUUAACAGGUAGAACUGAAGCCAUUUCAAAUGAUGGCUUUGACUCUCCUAGUGUUUAAUUCGCAAACGAUAGAUAAAUUUCUUCCAUGGCUGAUAAGAAUAGAAGCAGUAUAUUUAGUCCUCAAGUAAAGAGAGCAAGCUAAUUCGGUUCUCCUUAAAGUGGUUUCGGCAGCAUCGCAUCCAAUUUCAAAAAAGUAACAGAUGAAGUAUAAGAAGAAGAAGCCAAGAAAAAUGAUGAUGGAACAAAUAAAAAAUCAGAUCAAAUCAGAAAUAACUUGAAAAAUCUUGGAAUUUGA